UGUAUGACAUUUGAAGAAUGGCAAGGUGGAAAAGACGAAAUAAGGGGAAAUGAGAGUGUCUACGUUCCCUCAAGCCGUCUGAAGGCAGUACAAACUCAGUCACCAUCCGGGCAAGCAGAGCAGCCAGGUUGCAUGGUCUUAUGGGUGUCCUGCGGACUCAUGGCUCCAGGCCGCACCAGACAACUAGCGAGGGUGAUACUGGUGUAGGCAACAUGGCGAGAACGAGGUUUGGUAUAGAAAUCUCUACUCUUUCCAUCGCCCGGAAAAUAUAGAGUUCUCUGCCAUGCCUCCACCUCGACGCAGUCGUGUGCGAUAAGUAAGUAUCGGCGUCGCCGCUUGCAUUGCUAUGUCGCCCAUCCCAUCCCAUCCCAUCCCAUCCCACCCUGCCCGUCCCACUUCCUUCGUAUUUCAAUCAAUGCAUGAGCUCUCGAUCCUUCUCCCACGCCCUUGAGGAUCGCAAAUUGUGACGACUGAAGCUCUGUCCACGAGAAGAAGCAGGAGGAACCGAGACGUUAGGCGGUAUAGUUGUGGAGGACUGCGACUUUCAUUGGACCUUAACUGCAUAUGAACAAAUGCUCACAUAGCCCUUCGCAUGCCAUACAACGAACAAUAUCGGCUCAGUCGAUCACCCGCUCGUAGUAGCCAUCUCCUGACUUCUCUCUCUCUCUCUACGCAGCCUAAAUUUUGGAUGAUAUCUCUAGUAGACGUGAUGUUCCCCAUGCACGGCGUGACGUGGAUGACGAGGAAGGGAUCAACGCCCCUCGUGAACUUGAUGGUCGGGGCAUGUCGAGGCCCUGUAGGUGAAUGCAGCUCGACAAGUUCUUGACGGCGACCAGAGCGGCCAUGAGAAGUGCGGGCCAAGUAUGUGAUAAUCGCCAAUCCGU